CUUUGGCGGAGCAGCAGCCUUUCAGACAGAACUGAGGGACGGGAAUGCCACCUCGCAUCCAACGCUGUUACUGGGGUUCUCUGCCCAACGCAGAUGGACUGUCAACAUAGAAACAUGGCUGCCUCUGCGGCCAGAAAGGCACUGAACAGAGACACCGCGACCGCUGACAGUCCGAAAUGCCACCAGGAGUCUCUGUCGCAGUCACGGGAGAUAAUCAAACCCACCAUCACGGAGCUGACCAAAGAAGUGAGGACGAACAUCCUCUGCACCGUGGAGGGAUGUGGCAAGAUCCUCCCCAACACACCUGCGCUGAACAUGCACCUGGUUAAGUCCCACAGAAUCAAGGAUGGUAUUGUAAAUCCUACGGUCAGAAAGGACAUGAAGGGCUCUCAGAAGCUUUACUGCUGUCCGAUUGAGGGUUGUCCCAGGGGGCCCUACAGACCCUUCUCCCAGUUCUCCCUGGUUAAACAACACUUCAUGAAGAUGCACGCAGAGAAAAAACACAAGUGCUUCAAGUGCAACAAUGGCUACAGCACAGAGUGGGACCUAAAGAGGCACAUAGAAGACUGUGGGAAGACCUACAGCUGCACAUGUGGCUGCCCCUAUGCUAGCAGGGCUGCUCUACUCUCACAUAUCUACAGGACCGGUCACGAGAUUCCUACAGAGCACAGAAUUCCUCCAGUAAAAAAGCGAAAGAUGGAGAAACUGUUAAGUGGUCCUGAAAAGGUCAAGACAUACGAGUCGACCUGUCCGAUCAUGCCCGCUCGUAAAGAGCUGACGGAGGCUGUGCUCCCUGCUGACACAACAGUUCAUAUCCCAGACUUGAUGAAUCAGAACUCCAACCCUCGUAAGAGCCUCCAGAAGUUGCUCCUACCAAAGCCCAAGAUGGCGUUGGUCAGUGUUCCUGUGAUGCAGCUGGCCCACCUGCCCGUCCUCCUUCCGUCUACAGAAAGCGGGGCUCUGAGGUCUGUCGUGCUGGCUGUGGACAGCCAAGGCUCCGUCAGCACCCUCCACCUCCUGCCGCAAGGAGCUAUGGUCCCCCAACUUGACGGCAAGAGUUUGUGUUUCAAGGACAGCAUGCCCACUUCACGCUCUAGCCUGGGGCCCAUUAGCACCGGGGUGCAGGUCAGUCUGGAACCCGUCAGCACAGAUGACUUGGCCGGCCUGGCAGGACAACGAGGAAGAAGCACGUCCACCAACAUUCAGACGGACAAAUCGUACUUGUCAAAAAUGCCCACCGGAGUCGGGGUUGGGGAGGGAAUGGGGCUGUGCUCUGCGGGCGUGUCGUCGUGCUCCCAAACAGACAUCAGUGUGAGUGCCCAAGUCCUCCUGCCAGUCAGUGUUGAAACCCAGACAUUCUCCUCCCAGGCAAAGGUCACAUCCUCUAUCGGAGCUCAGACGGAGGGUCAGUGCGUCGGUCAAAGUCCUUGUUCCUCUUCAUCUGUACCUCCAUACAAAACCAGGCAGACACAGACAUAUUUUGCUCUGCCACAAUCAGAUGAUAAGGCUCAGCAACAGGCUAUCAUGUGCUCUGACCUAUUCGACAGUGACUCCCUCAGCGUCUCCACUCAGACCGCAUUGGACAUAAAUGCCACUCUCGCAGAAAGCAGUAUGUACGAGGACUCAAAGUCAGCCGUCAGUAUGUGUUUUGGGGUGCAGACAGACGAGCUCAACUCGAACAACAUGGCAGAUAAUCAGACCCAAACAAUGACCUUGUUAAAUGACCUAGAAAACAUCCUGUCCGACAGCAUGUCAGGCCACCAGGUGCUCACAGGGGCAUCCGAAGGCUGCGGGUCAGUUCUGGGAUCUGUUCAGGAGCAACACAAUGGCAUUGACUUUGACUUUGAGGAGUUCCUCAAUGCUGUGCACAUCCAGACACAGACAGAGGAGAGUGAGCUGGGAGGACUGGGUGGUGACACGCCGCUGGAGUCUCUGGACAUCCAGACCCAGACAGACUUCCUCCUGAUGGAUGAACUGGACCAAAGCGAAGGACCAAGUCGAACCCAAGCCAGCGACCUGGAGCUAUUUGAUACCCAAACUCAGACUGACCUCAAUUUCCUGCUGAACGCCGGAAGCCACAUGCCCUUGAGCAGCAUUCUACGGCAUUCAAGCUUUUCCAUGAGCACGGAGUCUUCGGAUACAGAAACACAGACGGAUCUCCCUUUAUUUGCCACAGGUCUCUCUGCUCAGACCCCUGUGAGUCAGGGUGAGCACGGCAGACUGCUGAACAGCGCAGAGACGCAGACUGUGACCAGCCAGGCAGAAGGUCUGGGUCACCUCUUCCUCACGAGCAAUGAAACACAGACCGUCAUGGAUGACUUCUUGUCAGCGGACCUGGCGUGGAAUAUGGAGUCCCAUUUCAGCUCUGUGGAAACCCAGACGUGCGAGGAGCUUUGUGCUCUCUUUCAGCACCCUGAGAAACCCAACAGCUGAAGCCCUCUCGCUGAAUCUGCCUAAGCUUUUUGCAGUACAGGGUUUCUCAUGUCUGCCUGGUCCUGGAAGAGGAAUCAGUCGACGCUGUCCUCCAGCGGACCACAGUCUUAGCAGUAAGAAGUCUGCGAAAAUGUCUUUGAACAUUCCACUGGAGACGUCAUGUCCAGAGCCUCUCCAGGUACAUAUCCUGACAGCUCGGCUGCACUUUAUUUGCUCCACGGGCAUGAUUCAUCAGCUCCUGUGAAAGUUUACAUAUUUAUUUGCACAUAAAGUAACCUAUUGUAUGUUUUAUUGUCUGAAAUGCCAGUUUACUUUAAUAUUUUGGUGAAUUACCACUUGAAAUGGUUUUCACUGUUUUGUCUUACUAGCAGUUAAAAAAAAACAACAUUUCAUCAAUGUUAGAUCUGCACUUAAAAAGGGAUGGCAUCUUUAGCUGUGCGUGGUUGUCAACAAAAAGGCUUAUAAAUGUGUUAGUCUGUAUGACCGCUCUCAGAUAUCCAUUUACUGCAUGAAAACAAUGUCAUCUCAGAUGUACAACAAAUAAGCUUGUACAUUUAGUUUACGUUUGUUUGGAAAUGUGCAUGAAGCGUUCACGUGGUCAGCAGCAGAGAAACAUCAUAUAUAUCUACUCGCAGCUUGUGCAUCUAAUGGCUGCCUCGUUGAUGUUGCCUUGUCAGAUGCAGCAAGGCUAUAAACUCUAAUAACAUCCUGCGAGCUUUGCAGCCAGUGGAAAACGUGACCAGUGAAAAUCUAUCAGCUUUAUGUUUUCCAAAAUAAAACCCCACAUAGCCUUUAACAGUGAACAAGGCUUUGCUCUAAGCUGUUAGGCUGCGUCUCUGAAACAUAGCGUUACUCAUACAGAUGUGGCACAAGUAAAAAUGAAUUGUUUGUCUUGUAAGUUGUUGCACACCUUUCAUUGAGAUGUGAUUGUGAAGUUUGAUGUCGCGUUAAACACUUUUUUCGUGUCUGGGCCUCUAUAGCUAAGCAGUCAGUUCAAGUCAGUAAGCAGACUAGGCUGUAAUUGUGUUUGACUUCUUCAUUAGCUGGGUGUACGUGUAUACAGUAGCAGUACUAAUGUUACUGUACAGAAACACAUAGUGGAAUAGAGCGUGGAUUAGCACAGAACCAUCAGACGCAUUCACCACCUUAUGACUGAAAGGAGUCCUGUUACGUAUCUUCCGCUAAAAUCACCAGAUUUUCAACCUUUAUUGCACGCAGUAUUUUAAUUUAUUCCUUUUUUUAAUUUUUUUUUUUUUUUUUUAAAUCUCCUCACCAAGUAACUUAACUUAAUGUUUUUAUUCCAUUAUAUUGUUGCACUGAGUUACCUCAUUAAACACAGGCACCACACUUAGACAGUGUUCUACUGGGGAACCUAGAGCUAAAGGCCUUGAUCACUUGUUUAUUUUGUUACGUUGGUGCCUUAACCCGAGUAUUAGCUUUAGUUCUGUUCCAGACAAUGUGCUGCUUUAAAAUAAUUAAUAAUUAUCUGAAUUGCACACGAUUUAUGUUUUGGAAAACAAACAAACACUGAAAAUUGUCACAAUGUUUUUUGGUCUUGUCUAAUUAAUUCUGUUUUGGUAUUUUCAUCAUGUUUGCAUGAAAUAUUGGACUGUCCCCUUUAUAGGUGUUUUUUUUUUUGUCACAUGAAAAUAAUGCUAUGCAGCAUUUUAUUGAAGAGAAUUUAGUUUGAAGGUUUUCAUUGAAGGACAGUUAAUGCUGUUAAAGUUUAUAGAUAUUUGUAGAAACUGCAGAAUGUACAGAACAUGACACUGUGCCCAAGUAUAACAUGCUCUAUUUUUCUGCAUCAUUUCCAAACAAUUUAGGGAUAUUUUCCCUGUCUUGUAAGGACUUUGACUCUCAUAUUGAAUUUCAACAUUUCUUGUAUUGAGAUUAGUAGUUGUGGUUUGUGGUUCUUGAAUUCAAAGUCAGAAAUAUAGCUUCUCCCUGCUGGUUGAUUGGAACAAGGAUUUGGUUUUCACUAAACUUAACUAUGUAGAAGCCUUGUCAAUCUCAAGUGUCAGUCACAGUGCUUUAUUUUCUCUUUGUAGGGAGUGCAUGCAGAUAUUUUCCCAGCACAAAAUAUUUCUUUUUAGCAGAAUUCAACUUUGUUGCCUAUAUGUGUAGAGUUGAUGGUUGCCUUGAUUAAUUGUUGAAGCUACACUACCGAUGUUCUUAAUAAAC